GUCAGCAGGUGGCGCUGCACAAGACAGGGCCGGGCAGAGAGAGCAUGAUAGGGCUGAUAGACACCAAGUGCCGCCCCUUUGAGGUGGCCCGGAACGCCAUCGAUGACGCCAGGACGCUGUGCAGCCGCACCUAUGGCAACGCUCCCGAGGUCCACGUCUUCGGCGACCCCACCUUCACCUUCCCCUAUGUGCGGACGCACCUGCACCACAUGCUGUUCGAGCUGCUCAAGAACUCCCUCCGGGCCGUGCAGGAACGCUUCCCUGACUCACAGCCGCCGCCGGUGCGAGUGGUGGUGGCAGAUGGGAUCGAGGAUGUCGCCAUCAAGGUGUCAGACGAGGGGGGAGGGAUCAAGCGCAGUGGCUUGCCCCGUAUCUGGUCUUACCUCUACAGUACAGCAUCCAUACCCACUCCCCGACACAAGCCCCCAGGCCCAAACACCCCCAGCGAGUCACAACCCUCCACGCCCACUUCAUCAGCACCUUCCUCCCCCAACUCCUCUCCUCCUUCCACCCCCUCCCCUCCCUCCGCCAUCUCUCUUGCCUCCUCACCUGCCUCCUCUGCUGCUUCAUCCCCUUACGCUUCUCGGUUCACUCCUAUCGGCAGCAGUUUUGCUGAGCCCUGGGAGUUGACAGAGGGGGAGGGGGAAGUGCCAGCAGACGGAGUGGGGGAUGGAGUGAGUGUGAGUACCAUGGCGAGUGUUGACGGGGAGGAGCUGCCUAGCCUGAUCGCUGGUUACGGUUACGGGUUGCCGAUUGCGCGACUCUACGCACGAUACUUUGGGGGAGACCUGCAAAUAUUCAGCAUGGAGGGAUACGGUACUGAUGCCUAUCUUCAUCUCAACCGGCUCAGUAACGUGCAGGAGCCUCUUCCCUGACCUCGCAUCUGUUGUGAUAAAAUCGGUCUCCUGCACCACUCGUCAAAUUCUUUCAGCAGCCACACACACACUCACACGCACACACAGCAUUCCGCCUGUGCAUGCUGCUGUUGUAACAUAACAUCGUUCAUUUAUGUACGUAAUAGUGAAUCUCCAUGGUAUACAUUCUGCUAGCGCAAGAGCCUUUCACAGUUGUGACUGGAUU